GGGUUACACAGCUCCAUUACCCCCUGGCUGGGAGAAACGGACUGAUGCUGUAACCGGGAAAACAUAUUUUAUUGAUCACAACACAAGAACAACUACUUGGAAUCAUCCCUGCCCAGAUAAACCCUGGAAGAGAUUUGAUAUGACAUUUGAGGAGUUUAAGAGAUCGACGAUCUUAUCACCUGUGUCUCAAUUAGCAGAUUUGUUUUUGGUUGCUGGUGAUACCCAUGCAACAUUGUAUACUGGUUCCAAAGCUAUGCACAGCCAAAUUCUUAGCAUAUUUAAUGAAGAUGCAGGCAAAUUUAAACAGUUUUCUGCUGCACAGAAUAUGAAAAUUACCCUUCAGAGAAGGUAUAAGAAUGCAGUUGUAGAUAGUUCUCGUCAGAAGCAACUGGAGAUUUUUCUUGGACUAAGGCUUUUCAAGCAUUUUCCAUCAAUUCCAAUCCAGCCAUUACAUGUUGCAUCUCGUCCCACUGGAUGCUUUCUAAAGCCAAUCGUGAACAUGUUCCCGAUUUCUGAUGGUGGAGCAAGUCUUCUUAGUUUUAAAAGAAAAGCAAUGACAUGGGUCUCCCCACAGGCUACCGAUGUGGUUGAGCUCUUUAUUUACCUUGGCGAGCCUUGUCAUGUUUGUCAGCUACUUCUCACUGUUGCACAUGGUUCUGAUGAUUCAACGUUCCCAUCGACAGUUGAUGUCAGGAUAGGGCGUUAUCUAGAUGGACUUAAACUUGUUCUGGAGGGAGCUUCUGUACCACAGUGUGCAAAUGGGACAAAUAUUUUGAUACCAUUGUCAGGACCAAUUAGCGAAGAGGACAUGGCUAUCACUGGUGCAGGUGCACGCCGUCAUGCCCAAGAUACUUCCACCCUUCCAUUAUUGUAUGAUUUUGAGGAACUUGAAGGAGAAGUGGAUUUUCUUACUCGUGUUGUUGCACUCACGUUUUAUCCUGCUGCGGAUGGUGGAGGCCCUAUAACUCUUGGUGAGAUUGAGAUACUUGGAGUGCCUCUUCCUUGGAGGUUCAUAUUGAAACAUGAAGGCUCUGUAACUAGAUUUGCUGAUCAAGCAGAAACCCAUCAUGAUAUUACUAACCCUUUUCUGACUGAGACCGAACACAAUCCUUUUGCUUCUGCUUUAGCCACUGAUGCACAAGCAAACUCGUCUGCUGACUUAUGGGUAGACCUUUUAACGGGAGAAAGCAGAAUUUCAGAUUCUAACAGGCAGCCGGCGACAGAAACUGUCUUCCACGGCGGAGAUGACUUGCUUGAUUUCUUGGAUGAUGCUAUUGUGCAACAACCAAAAGAAGCUAAUAGUUUUUCCAAGAGCACAUCUAAAGGGCCUACUGACAAUAACACUCAACACUAUUUAGAUUGUUUCAAACUCCUUGUUGGACCCCAAAUGGAGAGAAAAAUAAGUUACAUGGCAGCUAUGAAACUUGAAAUUGAACGCUUUCGCGUGAACCUCUCUGCUGCUGAAAGGGAUAGGGCAUUGUUGUCAAUUGGCGUUGAUCCUGCCAGUAUAGAUCCAAAUCUGCUGCUUGACGAUUCUCGUAUCGGAGGAUUGUGCAGGGUAGCAAACAUCCUUGCUUUGCUUGGACAUGCUUCUCUUGAGGAUAAAGUUACUGCUUCCAGUGGUCUUGAGUUUGCUGAUGAUAGUGCUAUAGAUUUCUGGAAUAUAGCAGGAGUGGGGGAGAUAUGUAUGGGUGGGACAUGCCAAGUUCAUGCUGAAGAUGGGCCUGUAUUGCAUUCACUCUCUGUUUCAACUACUGCACAAGCCUCUUUUGUGUGUUCUGAAUGUGAGAGAAAGGUUUGUAAAGUUUGUUGUGCUGGGAAAGGGGCUCUUUUACUUGCUAUGGUUAACUCUAGGGAGGUUGCUAGCUACAACGGCGUGAAUAGCCAGGGAGGAGCAAUCUAUGCAAACUCAGUUGAUUUAUCCUCAAAUCAUUCCAUGACACUUGAUGGUGUCAUUUGCAAAGCCUGCUGCCAUGAUGUUGUGCUUGAUGCAUUAAUCUUGGACUACAUCAGGGUUUUGGUUGGGCAGAGGAGGAAAGCUCGCGCAGAUAAUGCUGCUCAAAAAGCUGUAGACCAUGUGAUCAGAUUUACUUCGAGGAAUAAUUGCCAACUGACUCCAACAGCGUAUAUGGAAUUAUUUAAUGGAGAGGAAUCACUUGCUGAGUUUCCAUUUGCAAGCUUUUUGCACCCGGUAAUAUUUUGGAUCUAUCCCAAUCCACAUUUUAUUAGCACUUUUUAUCUUAGAAAACCUUUUGUUGUUUUGAUUUUUCAGCAACUGUAUGCUAGGUUUAUUCUUUUCAUGAAUCUGUUUAAACCAAAUGCGAAUGAUGCAGCAUCUCAUGGUUGA